AUGGGAUCAGUGAUACUAUGGAGGGGACUCCGUCAACAUCGUUCAACAAAAAGUCAAAGACGGAGCCCCUCCGACUUCCAGUCCUCGCAAACUCCCCGUCGGACAUCAAGAGUUCGACAAGUUGUGGGAGGUGACUCCUCAUCCGGUAGCGAUGGGGAUGAUGAGGCAUCUUCGGAUGAGGAUCUGUCCGAUGAUUCAGAUGAAUCCAGCGUCAUUGACGGCGCAGUCCUGGGUGUCAUCGAAACGACCUAG